AUGGGGGAAGAACAAGCCAGCGCCACAGAGCACAGAGAUACGACCACCGUACCCAAAGUCGCAACACCCUCAAUCGCGAUUCCCAAACCCAACCUGCCGCUCCCCACGAUGCGCAAACCCACCUCGAGCGAAACAUCCCACGAAUGGAACACGUCCAAACUCGGUCUACGCAUCGGCGUCGACGCCCUCUCCGCCGGCUCCGCAGGCAUACUCGUCGCACCCAUCAUAACCAUGAUCGACAAAGGCAUCAUCGAAAAUGCCAGCGGGCGUAACAGUCUCGGCGAGAGUCUGAAAAAGAGCGCAAUCGAACUCCUCGCGAAACCGCACCGCUUCCUCGGCAGCAAACCCUUCGUCCUGAUUUUCAGUCUAUACUUCGGUACAUACUUUACCGCCAACAGCAUCGACACGGCGUCCGCGACGGUUAAGCCCACGCAAGGUUUACAAGAGCAAACGAGCGGUACAAGCAAGUUCCUCGCUACAAGCACAACAAAUUUGGCACUGUGUCUGUAUAAAGACAAUCAGUUCACCCGGCUCUUCGCUGCGCCGGGGUCGUCGCCACGACCUGUUCCUCUGCCUACAUUCGCGCUCUUCACCGUCCGCGACUGCCUUACUAUUUUCGCUUCGUUCAACUUGCCACCGCUGCUUGCGCCCAAGGUAGACGAGCGCAUGGGCACGGAGGUCAAGAAAUAUGUUGGUGCGCUGAGUGUUGCGCAGUUUGUUACGCCUGCUGCUGUGCAGCUUGUGAGCACGCCGUUGCAUUUGCUCGGUCUGGAUUUGUACAAUAGGCCUGAGGCUAGGGUUGGUGGUGUGGAUGGCAGGGCAGGAAGGGUGCUGAGGGAUUGGGCGAAGAGUGCUGCGGCGAGGAUUUGUAGGAUUGUGCCGGCGUUUGGAGUGGGAGGGGUGGUUAACACUAAGGUUAGGAAGAAUAUGAUGGGUAGGCUCGAGGGGUAG